GAAUAGUUGUCAUUAGUGGUUUGUAAAGUUAAAUUGUGGUUCUGUCGUAGUUUUAAUCGCUUAAGAGAACGUCAGUUAAGAAUGUGAAAUAAUAUGAGUGUUUUGGAUACAACCGAGUACUUUGACGGUGAAGUGCAGGCCGCCAGCCAUGCCGCAGGAUCGGCGGAGAUCAUGUGACGAAUAUGACGUCAUCUGUUCCGACUUUCCUCCUCCGUCCCUGAAACCCGCUAACAGUCCGGACCAGGACAAGAGGAAGAAGAAGAAAUGGUCAAUAGGAGGACUCUUCCGACGGAAGAAGAAAGUGAGUGAUACCGAUAGUAGUUCACCUGUGGAAGACGAAGAGGAGAAGAAAGGGUUCUUAGAGAGGAGAAGAGCGAGAAAGAGGAGGAACAGAGGCAGCAAAGAUGUGACAGGGUCGUUUGAAGCUGUAAUAAUAAACCAUCGGCACAGUCAAUUAUUUGAUACUAUUGAGCCGAGAGAAGAAAGAGUGCCGAGUGAAAAAGUCUUGAGAAGUCACGAGUCUUUGGCGAGGAGAGAACCUAAUAUCAGAGGAAGCUCUGUGUCUCUCGAGGGAACGGGGAAGAGGGGUGGGAGACUCCAGGUCAAAGCGAGAGUAGAAGAGAGUAGGGAACGUCUCAGGGGAGAUUCUAGUUCAGACGAUGGUGGAGGUUCUUCAAAACAUUCUUCUUCAUCAAUCCAAAGACUUAAAAGUGAUGAAACAAUAUCAAAAGACGGGUCAUUAAGUAGACGGUCGAGAGCUGCUAGGACUGAAAGGUAUAAGAAACGGUUAUCGAAAGACGAAGAGUCACUAAGGGACUUCAGGGUGCCUUCUAGAAUAUCAAGGUCGGACGAGAGGCUUUCCAAUAAAAAGGUUGAGAAACCUCCGGGAAAUAACAGAUGGACUGCAAAGGUCGUGUACUACGAGUCGAGUGACUAUGAAACAAAGUACACAGCGGUGACCAAGUCCGCGACACCCAGUCCGAUCCAAAGUCCUAAAGCUCGACCCAAAAACGCGUUGCAUUACACAGCAUCGGCUCCUCCUACUUCCAACUACGUCACUUACCCACCUAGUCAUGCGCGAGAGGGCGUCGCGGGAUCCCACCAGGAGCUGAGAACUCAACAUUAUCCACUAGAAAGAGUUCCGCCUCAUCAGAGGUAUCCUGACAUCACUCCUCCCAGGCUUCCCAAGAGCAACAGCGAUAUGAUAACAAAGCCAGCUCAAUCUUCAACCCCACGUCCGAUACAGAAUCGUUCAUGGAAUCAAGAAGCGCUAAAUAGAAAAAGUGCCUCUUACGACUGCAAUGUCAAUAGCAUACACCACAUCAACAACCAAAUAGUUCAACCUCAUCCGACAGAUGAAAAUGUGCUAGUCGUUCAGUUUCCUUUAUCAAAGCCGGUCCAAAAAGUAGAUAAUAAAGUUAAAAUGGGAUUACAUUCCCUACAACACGGAAGACAGCAAAAUCCCCCUCCUCCCCCACCAAGAGAUCCUCAGAGAAAGCUAUUUCCUAGUAAUGGUUAUCACGAAAGCAGUCCAAGACCUAUGUCGUACGCUUUUGAAGAUAAGAGCCCAGUGCAACAAAAAUAUCCUAAGUAUCCGGAAUUCGGAUCAAGUUCAUCAGCUUUUCAACGAGUCAUGCAAUCACAUCCUGUGUCCAUUGACUUUGAACCGGCUGUGUCCAUGAACAGACAUCAAAGGUCCAGUUCGGAUAACCAUAUUCCAUCAAGAAUAGGCGUGAAACAAUCUCCACCGAUGCCAAGGAGGAUACUGAAUCCAGAACUUGGACAGAGACAUCGCCAUGACUCUUUUGACUCAAGUCAUUCUAGUCCACCUUCAGCUAACGAUUAUUUACCAUCUUCGGUUCCAUGUCACUAUCAGUACUACACCGAUCAACAUCCGAGAAGCAGAAAACCUAUUCAUAUCAGUUAUCAAAAUCAGAAACCUCAAAAUGAUCCAUAUCUCAGUGACUCUCAAGUAAUCGUAAAACCUCCUGUUCAGCAGACUCCACGGACUCGGCCAUCUGGAGUGCAAAAUGCCGCGGACUUUUGGAAACAAAAAGAUCAAGAAAAUACCAAGAAAAUUCACAUUUCAGAAGGAUCACCGAAAUUGAUACAAAGACACCUUCUAAACUUACCACAGGCUCAAGACAGGUCAAGAUCCAGCAGCCCAUUAACAGAUAGACAUUCGGGUUUUGCGGCUGCAAAACUGAAAUUGCCUCCUCUGAUUAUAUCUGGCAAAGAAACAGAGUCUUCACACUCGCUAAGUAGCUCAAGCCCCCGUGAUAAUCAUAGCCCAAGAAUACUCACUGGAAAAUACCCACCAGUCCACAAUGAGAUUGGUAUCCCGGUUUUUAGUAACGUAGAUGUACAUAGCAACACUAAGCGUCCACUCUCUAUGCUUGAAGAAAAACAAGAAAUUUCUGAAAAAGAACUUACUCCAACAAGAGAGAAAAUGUACAACCCCCCAACUCCACCAUUAAGAAAAGAUUCAAAAGUUAAUGCAGUAACAAACUUUGAACAUUUCGACAUUUUCAAUGAAAAUGAUAAAAGUAGGAGGAAAUCAAAUAAUCUAGAAGAAGCCCUUAAUGAGCUCGAGGCAAUAUAUAAAAGCCUGAGAUUAGGAGAGGACGCUAACUUAGAAAAGAUUGCCAAGGAUCAAGCUGUGUACGAAAAUAAUAGGCUUGACCCUUCAAACUGGAACGCAUGGGUACAAUCUAGAGGAUUUGAAUCGGAUUCAAGCCUGAACUACAGCAGGUCAUCCCUUGAUUCAGUUGACAGUGUUGAUUCUCCUUUUAAAAGUUCUUCAAACUCUAGACGUGGUGGAGAACCUGAUAAAGUUACCGAUGACAUGGCUUAUAGAAAGUAUAAUAGAAAGGAUCGCCCGCCUCCUCAAGAGCAAGAGGUUAUUUCGCAAGCUGGAAGUUUCCUCUUGGUUUCACCAACAUUAAGUCCUCCACCGUUUGUAGAUCCUCCGCCGGUUCAUCUCAUCAAUAAAGAACCAGAUAUAGAAAAGGAUGAUGUGGUAUAUCGGAACUUCAAACACGUAAACAACUCAUUAAAAUGUCUAGAUCCCCAACCUCCUUUUGGAAUACCUCUUGGACCGAUCACACCCGCUCCUAACAGUGACUAUCUUCAUGUCUCCCCCAAAGAGACAUUCAGGCCUUCAUUUAAACCAAAGAAAAUUCCCGAUGUAGUCACUGAUGAUUUAGCUUUUAGGAAUCUCCGAAAGGAUAGCAACAAAGAACCUAGGUUCACAUUUGAAGAAAACUCAUUUCCUGACUCACCUACCACAAAAAAGAAGAGGGCUGUCAGAUCCCUUUCGGCAAAUUUGCUCAGCAUUAUUCAACGAGAAUCUUUAGCAAUGAAAAAUAACAACAAUAAGUUAAUAUACAACAACAAUGAUGUACUAGGGAAGUUAGAAAAGUCUCAGAGUUUUUCAGACGUGAAGGACGCGUUAAGCACGAAUGGUCCGUGUUUAAAUGGGCAAGCCAAUGAUCAACAUAACAAAAUAAAAACUCUGGUCUACAGUAAGAACCUAAGUGGCGAGGACUCUGAUGUUACUCCUCGUAAUUCUAGAGUGUUUUCUUUGGGGACAUCAUCGCCAUUGACUGCCACCAGUACUGAAACUUUGACCGGGAGUAAAACUAGUUUAUUGACUUCAGAUUCAAGACCAAGUAACUCAAAAUUGUCAAAGAGCCCAAGUCCAAGGCUUUCCUUGACUCCUGAAAGAAGACAUACCACAGACAACGUAAAUAUUCAUCAACCGAAGUCGAUACCCCCCUCUAAAUAUACUUCUGCCAAGAACGAUUCUUUAAGAAAUGCUUUCUUCGCCAGCCACCCCAACAAUGAUUUCAAACGAAGCUCUACUCCUGAUAAUAAUAAAGCUACCUACCAUAUAAGUAGAUUUAGAGAACAUACCCCUCCAUCCUAUAACAAAAACGAAUCGGAUUUGCUUGCUAUUUUAGCUCGAGAAGCGAAAGAAGCCAGUGAGCAGCUAAGUAAAGAGUUAAACGAACUUAACUUUGACAUUAAACCCCUGAAAAAUAAAGUCCAGGUUCCUGAUUCCCUUGAAAUAGAAAACAGUAAACCCGAAAGUAAAUUCACACCUCUUAGUACACAUCCAUCUCAAUCUCCUGACAGCCCAGUAAAACAAACUCACACUAAAUCUCAAAUGAUAGGAAAGAUAACACCCCAUAAACCAGUAAAACUAAAUACAUUCGUAAUUACUGAAGACAACAAAUUAGAGAGCAAACAGACACAAGUUACAGAAAAUCCCAUUGACAUAGUGGGGAGUAAAAGUAUGACUGAUUUGUUAAAGGAGCUCACAAGAAGCUUAGACGAAGAUUUCGGCAACUCAUCAACUGAUAAACUUCCCACAAGUGCAGAUAAAUCCAACGACAAAGAGGGGGGUCUGCAGAAAAUCGAAACGAAAUGCGAAGUAAACUUCACUGAUGGAAAAGACAAUUGUAAUGCAGACGUAACAGAAUGCGAAGACACGUACUUUUCAACUGAUGAAAUUGUUUCAGACGAGCGUUUUUCUUCUCCAGAAAAGUUUUUACAAACUUUCGUUGCUGAGGCUAUUGAAAACCAAAAGGUCCAAACUGAACAAAAGACAAUUCAGUCAUUGGCAGCGACAACGUCUGACAGUCUAGAUCUAGAUCAAUCAGAAAACCAAGAGUUGAUCCCGAACAAAACUGAUAUACCUCUUAAUAUAAUAGUCAGCUGUGAUAACAAUAAUGAGUUUCUUAAAGUUUCAACAAUGGAAACAGAGUGCAAUCCAUCCGUUGAAAAGUCACUCACUGAAGAUGACCUUUUGGUCAACAGUUUCAAAGACGAUUCCCAUCUAAAUCUCCACGAACAAGAUCCUACUCCUCUUGAAGUAGAUGAAGUUCUAAGCACGCUUAACGAAGAAUCUUCUAAACACAGUGAUAAGUUAUCUCCAGAGUCAUCCCCCCUUCCAAAGAGAUUCCCUCUUGAACUGCCUCAAGAUGAAGUAAUUGAUAAAUCAUCCAAAAGUGAAGUUUCUUCUCACCCUAUUGAAGCCGAUUCUACCGAGUCCAGCUCUCCAGGAACCUCCAGAGAGUCCAGACUAGUGACUGCUCGUCCCCGGGACUGCAUAGACUGUCCUAGGAUGACCGAUGAAGGUAAGACAUGUCUAAAGGGAUGUGUUACCGUCGACUGGACGGCUUGUGUGCAUGAACGAGCAUAAAAUCGCUUCUUACGCCAACUUGUCAGGUGUAAAGUAGACCUCCAAUGCCGCCUGCCUUCCUACUUUGUAUGCAACCGACUGUACCUAGGUUUAGGUUAUUUAUUUGUAAUAAAUUAAUAUUUUAUGUA